UCGACUACAGCUCGGUGCAACACACAGUCCAAUGUCCAGCUAUGGCAUCGGAACCAUAGGUAGAUUCUUCAAAUACACCGUGCUACCCUUCCAAAUGGCCGUGUGCACCACAAUCUUCAUCAACGAUUCAGUCGUGGAAGUCGCGUCCGUCAAUGGCGACUCGAUGCACCCAACCUUAUCACCAGACUACUCAAAAGACGGUUCGCGCGACUACGUGAUCUGGAAAAAAUGGAAUGCGACCAAGAACCUUCAAAGAGGCGACAUAGUCCUGUUCCACUCGCUACAGAAUCCCGAAAAUCUCAGUAUUAAAAGAGUCGUCGCUUUGGGAGGGGAUACUGUCGUGCUCGACCCGAAGAGAAGGCCUGAAGAGGAGAUUCCGGAAGGGCACGUUUGGGUUGAAGGUGAUAAUUGGAGGAGUACGCAUGACAGUAAUGCUUAUGGACCGAUCAGCAAGUCUUCGGUUUUGGGCAAGGCUAUUGGUAUCUUCAAGCCUUUUGGUCAGUUUGGAAGCAAGCCUUGGGAGGGCUACAAG